AUGUCCGCCACGCCUACGCGAUCAUCCACGCUGAAUCUAUCAGCGCCUACCGCGCCAUCACGAAACAAUCCCAUCUCUCUACGGAUCUACAAAGCCCUAGGGACGACAUUCGACGAUCCCUCCUCGCGCGAGGCGUUAGAGAUAGCUGCGAGCUUCUACGCUCCGGCCGAUACGAAUGGUCCAUCACAUGGUGAAGAGCUGAAUGAUGGGCUGGAAAAGCCGCGUCGGACGUUGAAGGGCCAAUCGGCAGCUAUGGCGCGAAGGUACUUGAAGAGGGACGUGGAGAUGAAAUUGGCGGAAAGCAGUCAGAGGUUCUUGGAUGCUUUUGGGGAAGUGGACCAGAAAUUGCAAGUCCUACGUGGACAUAUGCUAGAGAUGCAGGCGAGGUGUGAUCAGGUGGAAGCGGAGCUGGAACAGGCGAAUAGCGGGACAAAGUAUCUGCUGGAACGAGCUGAAGGGCUGCGUGCUCAGCGUGACUCUGCCCAACUCCGAGCCAAGAUCAUCUCCCUAUUCAUACAACGCUUCACCCUUUCCCCGGCCGAGCUCGAAUGCCUCACUUCGCGCGAAAUAGCGGUCGGUAAACCGGUAUUCAGCGCUUUGGACAGGGUCCAAGCGAUCCGGAGAGACUGUAGGGCGCUUUUAGGCGGAGAAGAAGGGAAAGAACAGGCAGGGCUUGAUAUCAUGCAGUCUACCUCGGAACAGAUGGAAGCGGGGUACAAGAAGAUCUAUCGAUGGUGUCAGUUCGAACUGCGGCAGUAUACCCGUGAAGGGCAAUUGGACGUUUCGCCGACUAUGCGAGAGGCGAUGUUGCGUCUUAGGGAACGGUCUUCGAUGUUUAGCGAUGUCAUCCAGACCCUCACCCAUACACGUGCCUCAUCGCUUCUCCAAGCCCUCCUGGACGCCUUGACCCGGGGCGGGCCGAACGGCCUCCCCCGCCCGAUCGAGAUCCACGCACACGACCCGAUUCGGUAUGUCGGGGACAUGCUCGCGUGGGUACAUCAAGCGACGGCGAGCGAGCACGAGUUCUUGGAGAGCCUGUUUGGGGUGGAACAGGGUAAGAGGAUGGUAGGUGAAGUCAGAGGGCAGGGGCGGGGGAAGGGGCAGCGGGGUGUAGGGGGAGUUUCGAAGGAGAAGGAGAGGAAUGUGGAGGGGGAGGAGGGGCAAGGGCGAGGAGAGGGCAAGGACUCGUUUGAUCUAGGCGGGGAAGAGAGGAAUGUGGCGGCGGAAUCGGAGGAGCUUGUGCGGGAGUGUCUGGACAAAGAUCUGGAAGGGCUAGGACGGCCAUUAAAGCUUCGCAUCCAGCAGACGAUCAAGUCGCAAGAGGGGAUCAUCAUGACUUAUCGGAUUGCGAACCUCCUCCAGUUCUACUUGGUGACUAUGAAGCGGACGAUAGGUGAUCAAGCAAUCUACGAUUCAAGCCAGUCGUCUUUCCUCGAGAUGCUUGACGCCCAAGGCAGGAGUCUCCUUCGAUUCCUACACCCCCCCGACGCUACCCUCACGCCACCCCUCGCGCUGCGCGAAUCGACCCACACCCUUCGAGAGAUCAUAUCGACAUAUGAAACGUCCCUCGUGGACGCCUCGGACCGCGAGCAGGGCUUUGGGGAUAUUCUGAAAAGAGCGGUGAAUCCCGCGGUGGAGAUGUGUGAGAGGAUGGCGGAGAUGCGGAGGCAGAGUCAGAGUCAGCAGGGGCAAGGCGGAGAAGAAGGGAAAGGGGAUUGGGAGCGGGAUAUCUUCUUGAUUAAUUGUUUGAACUAUCUGCUUCACGCAUUGGAGGGGUAUGAAUCGACCGAGGAACGCGCGAGGGCGCUGGAAGAGCAGAUUGGGCGACAUGUGGAGAGUAUGACGUUUGAGCAUCAUGGGAAAUUACUGGAGCAGUGUGGACUGGCACCGAUUAUGCGGGCGGUGAGGACUCGACCUGCGGAUACCCCCCUCUCCCGCCUCCCCUCCACCUCCCCCAAAUCCCUCUCUUCCGCCCUCGCCCAAUUUUCCUUGUUUCUCAACUCGCUCGACGUCCUCUCGUCCCCGCGCCUCGCCCUGCUCACGUCGGGCGCACUGGCAGAGACGAUCCACCGGCAGGCGCUUGCCAAGAUUAGUGAAGCGUAUGGCGAGGUGUGCGAUCUGGUACUGGACAAAAAGGAGGGAUAUGAGUUUGGGGAGACGAUGGUUAGGAGAGAUAGGGGGGAGGUGGCCGUGGCGCUGGGGGUGGGGGAGGGGAUGUAG